CCCAAAAGAGGCAGUUGAGAAAACAUUCGGCCAAAGAUGAAGUGUCCUGCAGCUCUUAGUAAAUAGAUUUUUCUGGUUGGGGGACCAAACAUCAACCGUUUAAAUUCACCUUUACCGUUAUUCUGCGUUGAGGAGAUAUGUAUGUGAACUUUCUGGAUUGAAUAAUUCUGCUGAAAUUUUCAAAAAGCGGAGGGCAUCUGCGAAACCUCAAACGGAGAGAGAGGCAGGCCGAUGGAUGGCGAGGGAGACCAGUAUGAGGACCGCUUGAGGGAUGUGUUCCAGAGCUUCGAUGGGAGUGGUGCUGGUUCACUGAGCCCAGAGGAGCUCGCUGAGCUCUGCCACACCCUGCAUCUGGGCCACACGACACUUCACACACUCUUACUCGCCCCUCUCAACGCACAGGAUCAGCUCCCCGCACGAGUGGAGUUUGAGCAGUUUAAGAAUGCGUUGAUUCUGGUGCUGUCAUCCACAGAAGAGACCCCAGAAAAUGAAGGGUUCCCUGCACAACCAGACUCCCCCGAGGUUCAGCCGCGCUUCGUGAAGGGCGGCAAGCGUUACGGCCGCCGAUCCCUCCCUGAGUUCGCGCAUGCCAGCUCGGGGCUAUCACCACCUGAGAAGGACAACGAAGCUUCAGGGGACAAUGAUGGGACAUUGCCUAGCAAGCGUGAGUGCUGGAAUGUUGAUGUGAGCAGUCCAGACGAGUAUGAGGCUGACGGUCAGCUUCAUCUGUGGAAUCCUGAUGAUCCUGGUACACCAUGUGGCAGCUUAGCGCCCCUCGCUGGCCUGGAGGAGAGAGUGCAGCAGGCCUGCCAACAGCUCUCUCUGCCACUAAAUGGCACGGCUACUCUACAUCAGCUACGUGCACUCUGCCAGCACCUUGGCAUGGAGGUGGGGGAGGAUGUACUCCAUUCUGUAGGCGAGGACUGUGUAAUGAGCAUCCAGGCUUUUGUUUGUUGCGUCCUAAACAGCAGCAAACCACCAACACCCUCUGCCUCAACACCCUACAGACAACUAAAGAGACACCACUCUACACAGACAUUCGAUGAGACAGGGCGUAGGAUUUCAUCUGUGAUGAGCAGUACAAUCGGACUGCGACUCUUCUCCACGUUAGAUGAUGGCACAGGACACACAGCUGUGGAGCAGCUUCUGGAUACCUGGCUAGAAGAGGGGGUGGAUAAUGGUUGUGAGAUCCUGCAGGCUCUAGAUUUCAGUCUUGACGGGAGGAUAAAUCUGAGUGAGCUGAGUGUAGCUCUGGAGAAUGAGUUGUUGGGCGCUAAGAACUCCAUCCACCAGGCGGCGCUGGCAAGCUUUAAGACAGAGAUCAGACACUUACUCGAGCGUGUGGAUCUGGAGCUCCGACAGAAGGAGAAGAUCAUCUCUGAUCUGGAGAAAGCAGAGAAGCUCAAGUCUCAGCUGGCCUCUGAGGUGGAUGAGAAUCACUCUGCCAUCGAACGCAUCAAUGAUCUGAACCUGCGGAAGUUGGAGCAGGAGCAUAAAGAACGUAUGGUUGCUCUGCGGACAGAACUAAGCAAAGAGGUGGAGCUUGUGCAACAACAGGCCAAUCAGCAGAGAGAAGAACUGGAACAUGAAAUCAACAGGAUCAGGGAGGAUGAGACGUUCCUCAGAGAGCAGUUUACUCUGUCCGUUAAAGAAAAUGGGCGUUUGCACACAGAGCUUCUGGAAAACACUCAGCAUCUGUUAGAAGCAGAGGCCCAACUGAGUAAAGUGCAGAGGAACCUGGACAGUGUGCUCAAGGAGAAGUUUGGUGAUCUGGAUCUGAGCAAUGCUGAGCUCUAUCAGCAGGAGGAGCGCUUGAGGCAGCUACGCAGCAGUUAUGAAGAACAGUGUCGGGAACUGCAGGAUCGCAUAGAUGAGCUGCAGCUUCAGCUGGAGGAGUACAGAGCUUCAGGCCGCACUCCCCACCCAUCCCUGCUGCCCUCUUUGUGUGACGAGCUGCAGGGCCAGAGUUCUGGCAUGGACUCAGACCAAGGUCUGGGUUGUGAAGGACAGCCCUUUAAUAUGAGUCUGGAGGCAGAGAUGAUGCUGGAACAGUUGAGGGAGCAGCAUGUCCGAGAGAUAGAUAACAUAAGAGCUCAGCUGGACUCCACGGUGAAUGACUACCAGCACAGACUGGAGGAACAACAUGCUGGCCAUGAGGAAGAGAGGCGUCUGCUGUCCUUACACCACCAACAGGAGGUGCAGGCUGUGAAGGAGGAGUUGACUGGAGAACUGGAAAGAGCUCAAAGUCUGCAUAGGCUGCUGGAGGAGGAGAGACGCAGCAUGGAGGUUCGCCAGGGGGUGGAGCGUGCUGAGCUAUGCACAGUUCACCAACAGGAGCUCAGCUCCCUCAGCCAGGAGGCGCAGGAUGCCAGAAGCCACGCACUGCAGCUAGAGGAGCAGCUCGGGGAGCUAAAGGAGAGGGAGAGGGAAGAUGAGAAGAACAAAGUGAGGGAGAGAGAGGAGCUGAGCCGGGCUCACACUGAGGAGCUCACCCUACUGAAGCGGCUCCACAAGGAAGCGUUAGAGGUCAGACUGCAGGAGGACCGCGCAAGUCUUCAAGGUGAAAGAGAGGAGGCACUGCGGAGACUUGCUGAAGAGGGGCAAAGGGAGCGUCAGCUUCUGGAGGAAAGCCACGCGGAGGUUCUGAGGGUUCGACUAAAAGAGGCGCAGCAGAGAGCUGAUCAGGAGCAAAUGGAAUUGGAGAGGAGGCUUGGGGGACAGUGGGAUAGGGAGAGGCAGCAGCUAGAGGAAGGCAAUAAGGCAGCACUGGAAAAAGAGCUGGCACGUCUGUUAAAGGAGCAGGAGGAGCGAGAGAAGAGCCUCACAGAGCAGUGGGAUAAAAAGUGCACUCUUCUAGAGGAGCAACAUCAUGCUGAGAUGCAGCAGCAAUUACUGCAAGAGAGGGAGAGAUUGAAGGAGGUGGAGGGCAGGAGAACAGUGGAGUGGGACGGGGAGAGGGCCCAGCUGCAGGAGCAGUAUAAGGAGGAGCUGCAGGCCAGCCUGGCGGAACAGAGAGACAGGCUGCAGGUGGAGAGAGAGGAGCAGGAAAGAAGAUGGCAGGAGAUGGGGGAAGAAAAGCAGGGCAGAAUGGAUGAGGUGCACAGGCAAGCCAUGCAGGAGCUGAGUGUGAAACAUGAUGAGGAGAAGAAGAGGCUCAGCUGCAUGCUAGAGAAACUCCACACAGACAUUGGAGAAGAACGGUGCGAAGCUGAACGUUUAGCUGAGGAAAACCUCAUUUUAAGGCAGAAAAUCUCAGCACUGAGGGAGGAGGACCUUAGAGAGAACCAGCAGGAGCUCAAACUUCAAGUGGAACAUUUGAAGAAGGAGAAGAAUGCUAGUCAGAAGAUGGCAGAUGGUUUGAAGAGACAGGUCUCAGAGCUGCGUCGUCGUGGACUGCAGUUGGAAGAAGAGAACUGUGCUUUGUCACAGCAGAAUGCGAAACACAUGCUCACUGUUGAUGCACUUCAACACACUCUUGAGGAGGUUAUUCGUCAUGGCAGUGGUUCAUCCAAUGAAAGGAGUGAGAUAGAAGCUGAGAAUUUUACAGCAUCUGUUAGCAGAACAGAGAAGUUGGAAGAGGAAAAGAAGCUUCUGAGAGCAGAACUCAACCGCUGUGUGGAGAAGCUGGCUCGGCUUCGCUCAGUAGAAACUCAGCUAGCCGAACUUCUGCGUGAAAGACAGACAGCGGACAAACACCAACAAGCGCUACGGGCACAGCUGAUCAAGGCACAGGAGAAGGUCCAGGCGCUGGAUUCCACAUUGCAAGGGCUGACUCAGCAGAAUGCUCGUCUCAAAUCUGACCUGCGUGUCACGCAACAGGAGGGGGAUGCACUAAAACAGGAAGUGAUCUUAUUGCACAAACAGCUACAGAAUGCGAGUGAGAAGUGUCAACUGGUGGAGAUGUCUGUGUCUGGGGUCUCCAGUGGUUCCCAGCAGGGGCGGCGUGUGUGGGCAGAGCUGUCUAGGCUCAGGGAGGCAGAGCUGAUGCUGCUUCGUGAAGCAAAUCAGCGGCUGCAGCGAGAGCUUACCGAUGCACGGCUAGAGCUCAGCUCUGCACGAGAGAAGGCUCGCCAGCUGGAGGUCCUGGUAUUGAGUGUGAAACAGCAGAAACAACAGAACCAGGCAAGCUUGGCUAAAGCAGCAGAGCAGGAGAGAUCAGCCUUAAAACGAGAGAUAGAAGCCCUGCAAACACAGUUGCACAACAAGCUAUGUGACAGCAGUGAGGAGCAAAGAGAAAUGGAGAGUCUUCAGGAGGAAAAUGACAGACUAAGAAACAAACAGACAGUCCUGGAGGCCCAGCUGAUGGAGGCUCAACUCUUUGCAAUGUUGCCACAAUCACCGCACCAUUUGUCUGGGGAACAGAUAGGACGGCACCAUGGUGAUGAAAUGAACCCAGACCUUAAUGUGCAGGUCUUCCAAGAGCAGCAGCCUCAUCACUUCGACAGCCACCGGAGAAGUGGUGGCUUAUGAAGUGACCAGCCUGUCAUCUCUAACUUUUUUAUGCUGGGUUCUCCUAUCACUGAAUACCCUGUAUUCUCUUAUCUAAUCAGAUGCCGUUUGGUACUCUGUGCUACUUAUUUUACUACUCUACAUUUAGUUUUUACAACCUGCAAUGCAGCUCAGGUUCAAGAUGUCUCACGCAUGCAUGAACCCCUUAAAGGGAUGGUGUAAUGAAACUGGGUGGCAGUGAGUCAUAUGUCUCUUUGUCUCUUUGUAAUAGAAUAAAGAAAUAAUUAGACUUGAGAUGCACCUUCUCCCCAGGGCUUUGGGAAUAUUUGCAUUGUACACUCUAAAAUUACAAACCUUGCAAACUUGUGUUGACACAAUAAUUUGAUCAUGAAAUGCAUAUGAUCAUAUGACUACAUGACAGGCUAGUCAGAAAAGGCCUGAAUUUAGAAUUUUAAAGCAAAGACAUUGCUACGGAGUGUAUGAUCCUUGUUGUGUGUAAUAUGCACAGUUUACCGUUCAGAAUUAUUUGCACUCAAACAUUGUUUUAAAAUGAUAACGAGGGUGUUGGCUUUUUCUAUCAUUUCACUUAGACAUUAGUUUUUGACCUGAGAACUUGAAAACUCACAUUCUGAUCUUGUUCAGUGAAGUCCUUUUUAUUUAUGUUUGUGGUGCUUUUGUUGGUCUUGGACUGUUUGUAGUAGCUGCACUCCUUCGUGUGUGCUUGCAUGUCUGUGAGAGAAAUAGUAUUAAGUGGGUAGCUUACAGAUUUGAGCUGCUUGUCAAAUAAGUAUCUAAAAGUGCUUUAAUGUGUAGAUGUUUCAUCUUUUCAUUUAUUAUACAUGUUAAUACAUCUGGGUUUAUUGUGGGUUUUUUAUUUGUAUUUGUUUUCUGUGCUUCAUUUUUAAAUGGCAUUUGGAGUACUGUUUCUUUGGUUGAACCAAUUUAAGAGUUAAUUAUUUGUUUAUUUUUCGAGCUUUAAGUUUAAUUUAUUUGAUUUAUUUAUUUCCUAGUUUUUAUUUAUAUUUUAUUAUUUAUUUUAUGGUUUUUGACCUGAAACGUAUUAGCAAUUUCGUAAAACUUAGACCAAAUAAAGAAUGAGGGUAAAUUUAUAAUUGUUUGUUGUUAUUGAAAUAUUGAUACCAUUUAGAAUUAAGAAAUAUUGUGUAAUAUCUCAUUGUAUAUUGUAUUCCUGUCAACAUUUUCAAACAAGGUUGCCAUCUUUUUAAUGCAUAUCUAAUCUGUAUAAACUAAUUUCUUGGCAGUGGUAUAAUCUACUUGUUUACAAGACUUUGAUCAUUGACCUCUGACCUGUUAAUGUUCAGGAGGAACAGGAAGAGGCACUACUGAAGAUGGAGGAGAGGAUGAAGGAGGUAGAGCUCACACUCCGAAAUGUUAAACUAUUGCUAAAA